AGCUGCGUGGCAGUCCUGCAAUCAGCGCGCAGACCGCGGAGCAGAGCGGCGCGGAUUUGGUGAGCGGGUCGGCCGCGGCCAGGGCGGACGCCGGGGCGCAGGGGCCGGGAGGAUGGAGGUCCGGACGCACCAGGCCCAGAGAUGGUUGGAGACAGGAUGCGGAAGCCCUCGGGGACCCCACCCGCUACGAAUCUGGACGUGGACGGUGUGCAGACGCCCAGGGUGCUCCAAGCGGAGGACUAGCUGGACGCUUGAAGGGCGUGGGGUACGGGGAGCCAGGGACCAGGGACAACAGCACCCCAGGGCCGCUGACACAGUGGCCAAUGGACGGACGGAGACUCAGACCCAUGGAGGCCUGGGGGACCCUCAUGCCAUCUCCCCGCCCCGCGCAGAGAGGAAUCCGUGGACGCACCGCGGAACUGACGAGAGAAAAGGCGGGCAGCGGGCCAGGCCACUCGCACCAUGACCAGCUACCGUUACCGCUCGGGAUAUUUGGCCGACGAUGAGGCCGGCCACAGCACCUACGCCUCCCGGCCACCAAAGAAGCCACUGCUCCCUGAAAUGGGGCAAGCCUCCAAGCUGGGCCCCAUGCCACAGCCACCAUCGAUGCACAGCCUCUGGGGCAGUUCAGGGCUCCACAGCCACCGCCAGAACCUCAGGGGCCCUCGACCCUUCCAGAGCUUCCUGGACUUCCUUGUUGAGGGACAGGUCCUGGACAGCCUGCAGACAGUGGUGGAAAAGGCAACUGAGCUCAUGGCCACCAUGAAGACAGAGGCCGGGGUGCCGCUGGUGGAGGUGCAGGACCCAAUGGAGGUGCCGAGGGGUGGACAGCGGGCGCACGCUCGGCCCAGCCUCAGUACUGUGCACUGGCACCGUACCCGGCCCAGCCUCUGUAUGGGGCGCCCCAACAAUUACCCAUCCUGCUCUAGCUCCACAUCCAACUCCCACAGUAGCUUCACCAUCGGCUGGCCGGGCUCCUAUCGCCGGAACAGUGACAUGGGCCCCCGCGGCUGGGGCCCACUGCCGCCCGUGAAGGACCAACUCCUGCUGGAGAAGAGCCUCAGACGGCUGAUGCAGCUGGAGAACCAAGGGAAAGGCCUGGGGCAGCCCUGCUCCCACAGGGACUCCCUGCUGUGGGACUCACUGGGCAGCCAGGCCAGCAACCAGUGGACCCCAGAGCAGCCACUGUCCUGGGUCUCAGGUCUGCUGGGCUCCAGCUCGGACACACCCAAAGCGUCAGAGCUGGGCCCUCGAGAAUGGGAGCUGCUCUUCCUCAAGCGGGAGCUGCACAAGGAGAUCAAGUCCUUGCUGAGCCAGCCAGCGUCCUUUAACCUGCCUGGCUACCAUGUAGGUCGCGAGCCCCAUCGGACCCUGGACUUCCUGGCCAAGCAUCACCUCUUCCCUGCCCUGCAGAACGUGGUGAAGCAGGCGGUGGACAAGCUCAGCAGCGCCUGCCGCCGUGAUGGCUAUCCUCUCUUCCCGUCAGAAUGGGAGCCUGCCACUGAGUCCACCUCCAAGGUGGCCACACCCACCAACAGGGAGGAGCCCUAUGAUUCGCUGCCCACCACGGCCUCCAGCCCCAAGAUAAACCACAGGAAGAGCCUCAAGUACAAGGGUCACAGCGGCAAGCCCAAGGAAGGUGGUUCCCUUGUGUCUAGUACUCAAAUGGCCACCAGAUUCAGGCUAGAGAGCCCCAAUUACAAGCUCACCGAGAAGAAGCUGCUGCCCUCCAUCUUGUCCGAGUCCUCCGGGUCCCACCUCUCCAACCCCUGGCAGGAGGAGCUGGUUAGCUACCUGAGGGAUCAGGCUGUCUCCUUGCUCAUCUACAAGUACAAGUUUGAGAAGAACCUCACCAGGCAGCUGGGCUUCAUCUCCUUCCCUGUCACGGAGGCACUUAUGGACCUCUUCCUGGGCUUCAAGAAGGUGAAGGGCUCACGCAUCCACCUGUCCUCCAAGGUCGACUGGAGCUGCCUGCUGCGCAGGCUGGAGGAGGCCGAGUGCAGCCAGCAGGCGUCAUGGCAGGCAUCUCAGCAGGAAUCUCGGCCGGCGUCCGGGCCCUCAUCCCGGCACACCUCCCCGCAGCACAGCACCCACCGGCAUCGCGCGAGAACCCCCUCCACGCUGCCCAAGCCGGCCACCAAGACCACCAGGAUCCCGGAGAAGGCCAGGGAGCCCCACCCUGACAGACGGUCUCCCAGCCCCAGGCUGCUCACCCCCCAGGAGAGCAUGGCAGCUGGGAAGAAGGAGCCUGCAAGGCCGCCAGAGCCCAAGCUGUCCACGUUCUCCAACACUAGCGUGGCCUCCAGUCAGUCCUGGCAAACGGUGGACGUGGGGGACAACCAGAGCCUCAAGGAGGAGGAGGACGAGGAUGAAGUGGAGGAUGAGGAGGAGGAUGAGAAAGAGGACAAGGAAGAGGACUACUUCUUUGGAGGUGAGGGCGAGCCCCACAGCUCCCCGGAACCUCAAGUGGAGGUCAAGGUCCGCCCCUGGGCAGAUGCAGAUGUAGGCCACGGUGACCCCCCGUGAGGCCCCUGGGCCGUGCCAAGCGCUCCAUGCCCUGCUCCUCCCGCCCCAUCUGGACGCCACCUUCCCAGCCAGCCCGCCCAGAGCAGAGGUCAGAAGUGUUGGCACCCAUGGGGGUUUCUGCUGAGCCUCUCAGGGGAGCCAGUGGGAGAAAUAAAGCUCGUGUUGAUGGAGCACAUUUUUCCUGUCAGAGAUUCCAGCCUCCCCUCCACACCUCUGCCCCCAAGGAGCUGGCCUUCAUGGCAGCUGCCAGUGCUCUGAGCUCAGGACCUCCAAGCUCCGCUCAUGGCCACACAGGACCACAAAAGCUGCUUUCGUCCCCACUGCCAUAUCAUUUGGCUCUUCUCCACUCCAUCUGCCUCUUCUGGCUCUUCAAGCUGCUGGGGACUCAUGGUCCCCCUCCCUCACCACUCCAUGCCUCACACUGGCUCCCGCUGCCUGAGGCUCCUCCUCUGCCAGGGUGCAUCUCUGUUCUCCUGAUACUCCCACCAGGGCCUGUCUUCCAGACUUGUAUUUCCCAGGGCCAGCUCCCGCAUCUUGAUGCCCUCCGCCAGGUCAUGUGGGGGCUGCUGGUCUGGUUGGUCAAGCUCUGGAAUGACUGCCCCAGGCUGGCCACGUGACACCCCUUCUGCUAUGGCCCUGGGCAGAGCAGCUCUCUCUGGAAGGGUCUGUGGGCAUGGCUGGUGCCCGGGUUGGCAGGUCUCAUCUCCAAGAUUCUCCUGGAGCCUUGGGCCAUCCUGGGCCCCCAGUUCAGCACCCUCCUUCCCUUCUGCCUUCCUCAGGCAGCCUCUUGGUUCCCAUGCAGGCAUCUUCACCUGGGGAGCAGCUCCACCUCUCCCCUGCUCCCUGCUCCCUGCCCCUGGAGCCCACUGGGUAUGUAGAGGCCAGACCUCCUCAGCCACCCCGACCACACUUAGUGGCCCACAGGGGAGGACACAGCAAGUGCAGACCUCCCUCUGGAGCCAGGCAGGGAGGACCCUCCACACUGCUCCCACGCCCUGCAAUUUGGGGAGGAGGACAUGCCCCAUUGCCUGUCAGAGGAUCUGGGGUCCUAAGGUGGGGAGUCAGGGACUCCCAUUUUUCCACAGAGCUCUUGUGGCAAGGAUCUUUUAGGACACACACUUUCCUCACACCCUUUCCCCAAGGCCAACCCCUGCCACCACCACUGCCACACAAGACCAAAAAGCUGCUUUCGUCCCCACUGCUGUAUCAUUUGGCCAUAGUUGAUUGGCACAUCCAAUACCCACUUGCUUCUGCAUUUCGCUGCCUGGACUCUCAAGGAAGAAGAAGAGCAUUUGCGCCCGCCCCCACCUCAGAGGCACAUGUCUAGAGACCGACAGUCCCUGGGGUGAGAGCAGCCCCUUUGGGCAUCCUUGGAAUGUGAUGCUAGAGACAGCUCACCUUAGCUUCUGUUCCAGGCAUCUGUUACUGUGUAGCAAACCAAGACUUAAGUGGCUUCCAACAAAAUCAUCAUUUGUAAUGGUACUGCGGUUUGAUAGCCUCAACUGGCAGGGGUGUAGCCA